CUGUUGCCGAGUCAAAGAAAACCAAACCCGUCCAUCGUCAACAGAUCUGACGUCACAAGAGCUUACCCGCCUUCGCCACGCACCACCGGCGGGACGUUUGCAUCCUUAGAGCAUCUGAACCGUCGCCAACAUCACAUUCCAUUCAAGAUUUACUCCAUGUCCGACUCCUUCCUCCUUCUGUCGGUGUCGCCCGCCGCUUUGAGGAUCCAACAUGUAACCGCCUUGAGAUCAAAUUUGUGGUUUGCUAAUUUAGGAUUUAUUAGAUCUGAAGAAAGUAAAGGAAAAGGAAGAAGAAACGAGAGAAAGGAAAGAGGAGCAGCUUUACUGAAAAUGAGAUAA